AUGGCCAGCGCCUCGGACCCGCCGCCUGCGCUUGACGAUGCCCUGCCAGAUUGGAUGACGGCCUUCCAAUGGCACGUCGUCCGCCAGCACUCGCAGCACGGCCUCUCUCGCGCCGGAUGCGAGGACAUGCUGCGGUUUGCCAACGACGUCCUGCUUCCGGCGUCGGGCAGCACUGCAAAAGGGCCGGUCCGCUUCCCCACGCUGCGCAGGCACCUCGGCCUCGACCGUGACCACCUUGUCCGCUACCUGGUGUGCCCUCGGCCCGCGUGCUCAAGCCUUUCGCCACCCAUACCAACGGCUUGGCCAUCACCGACGUCAUCCGCCUCGCCGCCACCUGCUGCAAGCUGCAUCCGCUGCGACGAGCCGCUGCAGCGUGACGGGCCGGUGUUCCUCUACCACCCGCUCGAGGCAUGGCUGCGCGGCUUGGUCCAACGACCCGAGGUGCGCGAGGCGCUUGAAAGCUGGCGAGCACGCCCGACCCCGUCUACGCUCUUUGCCGACGCCACCCCGCCUCUGGCCGACGUCUACGAUGGCGAGAUGUGGCAUCAAGAGCAAGCCUUCCUCAACAGCGGCAAGCCGGGCGACAUCAACCUCCUCGUCUCGCUCUCGACGGACUGGUUCCGGCCGUUCAACUACACGGCCGCUUCCUACUCGUGCGGACCCGUCGUCCUGUCGGUCCUCAACCUGCCGUCGGCCCUCCGCUUCAAGCCAGAGUACCAGCACCUCGCCGGCGUCAUCCCGGGUCCAUCUGAGCCGUCGUGGUCGAUGUGCUCCCGGUUCCUCGAGCCGCUCGUCGCAGAGCUGCAGCGCCUGCUCGACGGCAUCGAGAUUGGCUUGCCUGCACCUCCGCCGUCAACGGCCUCGCCCGACACCACCGCCGUCGCCGCCACCCUCCGCGCCAAGCUGGUGCUGUUCGUCGGAGACUCUCCAGCGCGUACAAAGGUCUGCGGAUUCAACCCGCUCACGGUCAAUGAGGCAACCUGCCCGUACUGCGACACCGACAAGGACGAGUUUCAAGAGCUCGCUGCGACCAGUGCCAAGACUACGCCACGCGAUCCGGACCGGCAUCGACAGGACGCACUCGCGGUCAAGGGCAGCAGCGACGCUCACCAUCGCAACGCUGCUGCCACCACCGGCGCUCGGUACUCGGCUCUAUACGAGCUGCCGUACUGGCGCAGCGUGACCUCUGCCCCCGUCGACGUCAUGCACGCCGUCUACCUUGGCGUCGUCCGCCGCGUCUGGCACAAGAUCCUCAUCGACCGCGGUCUCCUCACCAGCCGUGAAGUCGUUGCCGUCCAAGCUCGGAUCCGUGCUACGGUCGUGCCGUCAACGCUGGCAAAGCUCUCGGUCCACUUCGGCGACGCUGCAGGUGGCUCGCCGACAGCAGCGCAGUACGCCACGCUGGCCCGGCUCCUGCCGGCGCUGCUUCACGGCGUCUGGCACGACGCCAUCGACGACUACCGCCGCCACCGCCGCACCAUCCGGCAUGACAUGGAGAAAGGCGCGUGGAUCGAGGAGGGUGAUCCCGACGCGGAGCACUGGGCGUGGCUGACGCACUCUGCGCAGGCCGAGGCGGAAGCCAUCCGCACAAGGACGACAACCCACGCCGCUCACUGGGUCCACAAGGGCUGGUUCUUCCGCGAGAUCGUCGUGCGACUUGGCCUGAUCGUCGACUAUCUGCAUCAGCAAGUCCUUACCGACGCCGACGUCGACACCGUCACGCUGCACCUACGCCGCCUGCACCGAGCCCUCGCCGUCAUAUCGCCCAUCUACUACAACUCGCACAUCCUGUCGCAUUUGGGCCCCCAGCUGCGCCGGUUCGGACCACCGCGUGCUUUCUGGGCCUUCGGGAUCGAGAAGGCGAUACAGGUCCUCUCGCGGACCACCGUGCCGACCAACAAGAAGCACGGUCAGGUGGAGCUGUCGCUGCUCAAGACCUGGUCCGACCGCGGGCGGGCGGAGGCAGUCAACGGGCCAGCGGAGCAGCGCCAAGAAGGCAUCGCGCUCGCCAGCCGUACCCGCGACCGUCAGAGGACGCACGACUCAAGCGUGCUCAAGCUCGAGACGGCACCGGCAUCACGGAGGCCAACGCCGCUGGACGACCAUGCCUACGAUGGCUUCGUCGCGCUCCUACGGACCCUCCAUCCACGCCGGCGCUUCGUCAAGACCAGCAUCAUUGCUGCGCCCGACGCCGUCGAAGUCAGUCGCGCCGUCCACACGCACGCGAGCAUCUCCGUCAACGGCCUGUACUUCCGGGCAUCGCACAACGACGUCCACAGUGCUCCGGGCGACUCCUUCGGCUUCAUCAAGUGGCCCUCGACAUCGACCGACGUCACCCUCGUCCAGGUGACCCAGAUCAUCAGCUAUCGGCACCGGGCCCGGCCAUCACAGCCUGUCGAGACGCCUGCCGACGACAUCACCGCAGUCUGCGUUGUCUGCCGGCUCUUUCCUCCGCCAACGCAGCUCGACUGCUUCGACCUCGGCACCAGCAAGCCUUUCGCCCGGCCGUCCUCAGUCCAGCUCGAAGUCACAGGCACCGCCGUCUUCCCCGCCACCGCCCUGGUCGCCCACGCCGCAAUCACACCCGUACCUCGAUCCGAACAUGCACUCGUCAAGAUCAUCAAUUGA